UUCACUGGAACUCUCUUGACUCAUCACAGCUGCCAGAAGAUGCCUCAACAUGAGAAGUGACAACCAAAGUUCCUUGGGGGACUCCCCAAAGGACUUCAUCCUCCUGGGCAUUUCUGACAGGCCAUGGCUAGAGCUCCCUCUCUUUGUAGUCCUUCUACUGUCCUACAUUUUAGCCAUGCUGGGAAACAUCUCCAUCAUCCUGGUGUCCUGGCUAGAUCCUCAGCUCCAGAGCCCCAUGUACAUCUUCCUCAGCCACCUGUCCUUCUUGGACCUCUGCUAUACCACCACCACUGUCCCACAGAUGCUGGUCAACAUGGGCAGUUCCCAGAAGACCAUCAGUUACUGUGGCUGCACAGUGCAGUAUGCCAUUUUCCACUGGCUGGGCUGCACCGAGUGCAUUGUCUUGGCUGCCAUGGCCCUGGACCGCUACGUGGCCAUCUGUGAACCACUCCGGUAUGCCAUCAUCAUGCAUCGCUCACUCUGCCAGCGGCUUGUGGCUGUGGCCUGGCUCAGCGGCUUUGGCAACUCCCUGGUUCAGGUUGUCUUGACGGUGCAGUUACCUUUCUGUGGGAGGCAGGUGCUGAACAAUUUCUUCUGUGAGGUACCAGCCAUGAUCAAGCUGUCAUGUGCUGACACUGUGGUGAAUGAUGCUACACUGGCUGUGCUGGUAGCCUUCUUCGUUCUAGUCCCCCUGGCUCUCAUCCUCCUCUCCUACGGCUUCAUUGCUCGGGCUGUGUUCAGGAUCCAGUCCUCCAGGGGUCGGCACAAGGCCUUUGGGACUUGUUCUUCCCACCUGCUGGUGGUCUCCCUCUUCUACCUACCUGCCAUCUACAUGUACCUGCAGCCCCCGUCCAGCUACUCCCAAGAGCAGGGCAAGUUUAUCUCACUCUUCUAUUCAAUAAUCACUCCCACCCUCAAUCCUUUCAUCUAUACCCUGAGGAAUAAAGAUGUGAAGGGGGCUCUCAAAAGAUUUCUGGCAAGGAUUGGGAGGCUCUGUGGAAGGUGAAGUCUAACCUGGGGAAAGCCCCAUGAAUUGCAGAACCUUGGGCAAGGAUUCUGGGGGUAGGAAGGUA